AUGUGGGAACAUAUUCCUGCCUAUCCACAGGAACUGCUUGGAGCAGGAGCCUGGCUUGCUAUAAAACAGAACCUUGUGGUUGCUGCCACAGAGAGGAAAAGUCUCCAAGCAGAGUCCAGCGAUUCCGAGGUAGAAAAUGAAGCGAAAGGCGACUUGUUGCCCAGAAAGCCGGCCUGGGUGGAUGAGGAUGAUGAAGCCGAGGAAAAUGUUGACAUGACCCAUAAAUACAGGAAGGAUUUCAUGAAAAGCGAUGCUGAGAAGACACUUACUAAGAAAAAACUAAAAAGAAGACUUGAGGAACAGUUUCAGCAAGCCAUGGGAGGAGUUCCUGCCUGGGCUAAUUUAGAAAACAGGAAGAAAUCCAAAAGGACUUCAAGUGAUAGUGAGAGUGAUGAAGAUGAUGAUCUUCUACGCAGGACUGGCAAUUUCAUAACGAGCUCAGAGUCCCUGCCAAGAGGGAUUUUGAAGAUGAGCACCUGCCUGCCUGCAAACCAGGAACGCUUUGCCGAUGGAAAGCUGGUGACGGUGCAGUUCCAUCCUUCAGCCCAGGUGGUCAUGACUGCGGGACACGAUCGGUCUGUGUCGCUCUUCCAGGUGGAUGGUAUAAGGAAUCCAAAAAUACAGAGCAUCUAUUUAGAGAGUUUUCCAAUUUAUAAGGCUCGUUUCAGUGUUGAUGGAGAACAAGUUAUAGCCACUGGUACUCACCACAGCAUGUUCUUUGUGUAUGACAUGAUGGCUGGAAAUAUUAUUCCUAUACCCAAAGUCCGAGGUGUGGAGGAAAGAUUUCUCAGAAACUUCGAGCUCUCUCCAGAUGGAUCAUUUAUGCUGCUAAUUGGAACCUCAGGUUACCUUCACUUGCUGUCCAUGAAGACAAAGGAACUGAUCAGCACUAUGAAGGUAAAUGGAAGAUGCACUGCAUCUGCUUUCACUCCAGACAGCAGUAAAAUAUACAACUAUUCAAAGGAAGGUGAAGUUUUCAUUUGGGAUGUGAGAAGCAGGAAGUGUCUACACAAAUUUGAAGAUGAAGGUUCUUUGGAAGGACAGUGCAUUGCUGUUUCAAAGAACAACCAGUAUGUGGCAUGUGGUUCAUCUUCAGGGGUUGUAAAUUUAUAUACCACUGAUGUUUGUCUCAAGGAAAACCGUCCUAAGCCAGUUAAGGCCAUAAUGAACCUUGUUACUUCUGCCACCUGUGUGACCUUCAACCCCACCACGGAAAUUUUGGCAGUGGCUUCCCGUGAUGCUGAUGAGGCUGUGAAAUUGGUGCACAUUCCUUCAUACACUGUGUUCUCAAACUUCCCGGUGUUCAGAAGAAAACAGAUUUAUCUUGCUCAGUCUAUGGACUUUUCUCCCAGAAGUGGCUAUUUCUCUGUAGCAAAUAACAAAGGCAAAGCCUUGUUAUUUAGGCUGAAACAUUAUUCAUCUUUCUGAAAGAAGGUACAGCAGAAAAUGGACCAGUAACUGAGGUGAACUGCUGACAACAUUGACUUGAGGAACUUUAUUUUCAUUUUGCUACCUCCACCUCUUUAUAGAUGGCAGGAAGAAAUUUGUAACACUGUGUGAUCUGAAACUGGUCUGGAUCACUCAUGUAGAAGGAUGGGCUGGAGUAGGGCUUGCCUUGUCAGUCCUAGCUUUUCUAAUAAUACAAUAGAACAAGUUGAUAGUUCAACUAAAAUCUGUCAGUGGGACUGAGGAGAAGUUAAUUGAUAGUGUAAUUGAUUCUAUUUAAAUCAAUCUCAGCAGUGUUGUAAAACUGAUCCUGUUAAGGAGUCCUGUAAGUGAGCCCACAGGAGUCUGCAUCACUUCAAAUUCAGAUUACAAACAUCACUGAAGUCUGAAGCCCAAGUUUGUGUGCAGAUACGAUUUUAUUGAACACUUAAACGUCUUCUUGGGAACUGGAAAGACCUGUAGCCUUGGCAGUAAUACAGUAGUUCUGUUUGACAAGAAAUGUGUUGAUGAGGGGAAGCUGAACUUGUUCAGACUGGAAGCAGGUCUGACUGUUGCAUGUUAAGCUUACAUAGAAUUUUGUGAUGGUUCAGUGUUUGGAAGAUACUAACAAAAUUCUCUGUGCUGGUCUUUCCCCAGGUUGUAACCUGCAGAUACGAGUAUGCUGACAAAAUCAAACAAGUCUUAUUUAUAUGGAAGUUACAAAAUACUAGUAGAACAUCUGUAUUUUUGAAUGUUGUUUUUUUUUUUUAAUAAAUAUACCUGGUAAGUUUCCAGGCAACUUGUUUCA